CAGGUUAGUGUGAAUCCCCAGAUUACUGCUCCAGGUGAAUCUCCUCUAAUUUAAGCUUCGGCGUCCAUCUGAGCUGAGAGGAUCCCGACAGUGUGACAGCAGCUCCACGACAACACCGUGAAGUGAGCAGGAUGGACGGUGUCCCUAUGAAGAUGCCCGAGGCUGCCUCACAGGAAGUCAAAGAAGACGUAGCAAUUGUUGUCCCUGAUUAUCUCAGCAGACUGCAGGAGACAGAGUAUGAGUUCAGCCUGGAGAACUGGGUGUUAACUGGGCUGCAGAGUGGUUUCGCCAGCCAGCAACGGCCUCAGCUCUCCUCCUCUUCAUCAGGACUGCAGCCUUCUUGUCCGCCAUACUGGGUGAUGUUAAACAGCCCACAGCAGAGCCGCCUGGCCAGCCGCCACUGCUCCGACUUCUGGGAGCCCAAUCCUCGACAGCGCUCCCACAGCCUCAACCCCGCCGUCCUGCGCACUAAGUUGGCCAUCUCAGACUCUGAGGAUGAUGGCGAGAGCGCCGCAGAGAAAGCCAACAUAGGCCUAUGUAUGUCAGUGAAAGCCUGCUCUGGUGGAGAGCGUCCCGCUGCUGCUACAUGUCAGCGUGGUCAGAGGAAAGCACAGAGAGCCUUCAUCCCAGACCUCCUGAACCCUCCGGCCUGCCUCAGCAGCCUGCCACACCAGCGCAGGAAGAACCUACGACAGUGCUCCCUGUCGGAACUGGACACGUCAAAACAACAUGGUGCCAACACAGACAGACUGUCCUCACACAGGACGCCCACCACCAGAGCCAAUACAGUCGACAGGCUCCCCAUCAUCAACACAACACACAGGAAGUCUUCUGGUUUGGACUCGUCAGCUGAGCUCCUGUCAGCUCUGAGCCCAGAGGAGAGAGAGCUGCUGGGGGCCGUCACUGCCCGGGGGUACCCCCUCCGUACCGCCAUCAUCGCCCUGCAGAAGACAGGCCACCAGACCCCAGAUCAGAUCUUGAGUUACCUGGUGGCAUGUGACCAUCUGUGUCAGCUGGGUCAUGAUAUGGCCCUGGUUGAAGAGGCUCUAGAGAUGUUCCACAACUGUGAAACAAAGGCAGAGGAGUUCCUUCAUCUGCUGAGUCAGUUCAAUGAGAUGGGCUUCCAGCAGAACGCCAUCAAAGAAGUGCUGCUGGUCCAUGAAAACCACCGAGAGAGAGCGCUGGAGGAGCUGAUGAUGCGCGUGGCCUGAUAUAAACUAUAUAUAUAUAUACUGUAUAUGAUAAUGAUGACGAUGAUGAUGUGCCCAUAUUGCACAUUUUCUUUCCUGUGUUUAUUGAUUGUAUUCAUGGCUCGUCUGAAAGUGAUUGAACUUGUGUUAUGUGUGUGAUGGGGCAUUCACACCAAACACAAAAUUAAUUUUCCGCGUGGUGAGAUUAAGUCAUUACAUACAAAGUCAUUACAUACAAAGUCAAUGCAAAGAGGCAAAUAGACGCGAAUAGACGUAAGUUUGCAUCGGGCAGCGCGAAUGAAGACAGGACGUGAUUCAAAGGAUGUGAAUAUGCAAAAUUUGUGUGAGUUGAAAUAUUUCAACUUGAGUGACGAAUUUGCGUGACCCCUCUUCCUAACAUACAGCGAGCGAGCGAACUCUGCCGAAAAAUUGUCCAGAUACUACGAGCGAUGUCACUCUCUAUUACAUAGAGAGCAUGAUACUGAUUAACUGUCAUUAACUGUUACUGUCAGCGUCGAUUUAGACCAGUGAACACAGGUUGGAGGUGCUUGAAACUUUGCAUAAAUAGAGCCAGGGCGAGCUGUUUUUCAAACAAGCGGCACGUCGCUCAGCCUGUUUGCUGACGCACGAACCAGGUUAGGACGUCUUCAUUGGGAAAAACUGAAACAAUCGCUUGUUCACAUCGCAGCCAGUUAGGAAGAGGUGUGACGCUGCGACGCAAAAGCCUAUCAGUGUUGAGAUUCUCCUCCUGCUGUCGCUGACGUCCUGCCGUCACUGACGACAUGGACGUCCUGACAAAUUGUAGCCGUCUGUGGCUGUUUGCACCUAGAGCUCUGUGAUAGCAGCACCUCAUAUCUGUACAGAGACCAGACCAAACCCUGUGUCCAGCCUCUCGGGUCCAGCUUUAGCUGCGGGGCUGCAGUUUUCCUCCUGGCACCGCUGCACCGCGCACACCGGCUGUGACCCCUCCGUCCUCCACACACCGAUUGCCUCAUUGCCAUUACGGUUUCCUAUUAUAGUAUUGGGCUUAAACCUGAAAUAUUGCCAUGUAGGCGCUUUUGCCUUUUGCUUUGACACCAGAUCCUGCGCCAUCGUCUUGUCUGUCAACUCUCUCUCUCUCUCGUCCCGUGUGUGAAAUCUGACUCCUGAUACUCUGAGCGGACACUUUCACUUUCAAAUUGUAGCGUCCGUCGUCCGACAAUGUGUUGAUAAAACGGCACUGAAAGGUGAAAAUACACUAAAUGGAUUUUAUUUCUAUGAAAAAAAUAAAACGGCGGUGGGGGUGGUGAGCUAGUAAUGUAACUGGUGUGUGCCCGAACACCGUGUAACACCGGUAACACGACUAUAAACCAUACACUGUCUAUGGUAGAAACAACAACGUCGCUGAAGUAUUUAUGCCUGGAUGACUUUAUGUGGAGUGUUGAUGGAGCAGCUGCAUAGCCUGACACUGAUCAAUCCAAACUCCAUUCACAAAACAAGCAAUUUAAAAGUUGUUUGAUUGUCGUCUUGUGGACAGACCUGACAAAGCAUGAAUUCAGACUUUUUACAAAUCAACAUCAUUAUGUAGUUAAUUCGGCAUCAUUUUAAUCAGUUUAUUGCAAUUAAAUCACAGCAUAAUCUGUUUAUUCAGUGUUCAUA